AUGUUUCAAGAGAAUGGAUUAGUGGAUGAAGACUCUACUUCUAUUCUCAUUGAGCCAUCUAAGUCGAGCUUGUCAGUUGCAGGAGGUUUCUCUUCAAACAGGAAUGCAUUCAGAAGUGGUAGUGUAGAAGUUUCCCAAUCUUUUGAUAGCACAUACAGUAGCACUGGUGUCACCACAAGAGGAUCUCCUGCUGGCUUGACUGGGCUGUUGAAUCUCGGGAAUACCUGUUUCAUGAAUAGUGCAAUACAGUGUCUGGUUCAUACACCUGAGUUUGCUAGUUACUUCCAAGAAGAUUAUCAUCACGAGAUAAAUUGGCAAAACCCUCUUGGCAUGGUUGUAAGCAUAAUCUUGCAUACAUGUUCUAUAAGGUACGGAGGUGGUCCAACUCUGGCGCGGAGAGUCAUUAGCUCAGGCCUCUCUCAGACAGAGUUAGCUGUGGAGGUUACGUCUGAAGCUAAGCUUGCAGAGAUUCGAAAUAGUAUGAUCCAUUGA